UGAUGGAACAUGGAAGCGCUGCUCAAAGCUGACAAGCUACUAAAACAGCACAAGCUAAUAGAAGCAGUUGCGGAGUACUCCUCGACUAUACGCAAACUCCAGACCUCAGGUCCAGAACAGCUCUUAUCUUCAGCUUACAACAACAGAGGACAGUGUCAUUACCUUCAAGUAGAGUUCUACAAGGCUAUUGACGAUUAUACUGACUCUUUGAAGUACAAUCCUAGCAACACGACCGCGCUGUACAACCGAGCUCAAGUUCAGUAUCGUCUGAAUUUCUUUUCUGAAGCUCGAAAAGAUAUCUUAAAAGCUUUAGAAAUAUCUCCAGAUUUUAAAGACGCUGCAAGCUGUUUGGAAGCAAUAGAGUAUGCUGUCAGUAACAAAGCAUGCCCUAAAGAAACCUGACUUCGCCCCUGUUUGUAAAUCAUUUGAGAAAUCUCUAGCUGCUAACUACGAAGAAUUUAAAGUGGAAGUGGUGGACUGCCCCGAUCUAACAGCUGCUCCUUGGAAGUUAGCUCUUCCUGGACUGGGAGGUGAGCCCUGUGUUGCUGAUGUGGGUGGGGUCCCCAAUCUCAUACCCACUCCCAACGUUGAGAAACAGUAUAACCUGGACACUGUGGCUGAGCUGUGUGGCUUGUCUGAUGGAUAUGUGAUAGGAGCUAGUGCUGUGGCGAGCAAGCUUCUGGGUAAAAAUGCAGAGCUUGUCAAUAAUGGUAAGACCGGUAAAGAUGGGGUUGUUAAAUCGAUGUACACGAAAAUAAUUGAUGAUAAAGGAAAUGAUUAUGAGUGUAAGGAAUAUCCACAUAAUGAGUUUGGAUUACUGGGAAAUUUAUUUCUUUGUCGAGGACUGCCUGGUAAGGUGAUCCACGUGACCGCCAAGAUAAGGAAAGGCUCCUUAAACUUUAUCAACUGUUUAAACAAGGGUCUGACAGAAGAUUUCACUGACCCGGUAGCUGUGGGCGGAACAUUCCUACUCACAAACGGAAAAGCAAAACUCCACGUCAUGCCUGGAUUCUCUUGUUCUCCUCUGCAUACCGAGGAUGACAUUAACAACUGGUUGAGGUUCCACGAGAUGUCGGGUCCUCUAACACAUACCAGCGUGUUUGUCAGCAAGGACCCGGGACUGGAUCUCCGACUGGAGCACAGUCACUGUUUUAGUGACCACGGUGAUGGUGGUCAUUACCAUUUUGAUACCACUCCUGAUACUGUGUGUUAUGAAGGGUAUUUUAAUUUGGCUGAUAAUAUUUGUAGGAUUGAUCCGCCGGAAGUUACUCAUUUGAUCGGGAGAGAUUGAAGAUUGAAUUGAUUAUCAAGACUUUUUAUAUAGUUUUAUAGGCAUGUUAAUUACAGUCUAUAAUGUUAUCACAAUUGACAAAUGACGUCACAUCGGACUUGACCGUUUUGACUCUCUCUCUUUCAUAAAGAUUUACAAGUCAAGAUCACUUUAAUUACAGUCUAUAUUUAUGGGUCAAUAAUUAAUAACAUUAUACAGAACUUCUAAUACAUUUC